CAUGUGAAAAAUAACAUUUGAUUUGCCCUGGGUUUUUUUUGCUCCUGAACAUAAAAUUACACAAUUGUCAUACAUCUGCACCAGUGCAUUCAGAACAGAGCUGUGCUUUGUCGAAUAGCAAUCAGCCACGCUUUGCCCCGUGACCCUAAGUGGCUGUGAUAGCUUUGUCUCCUCCAUCCUCUUAUCUCCACGCUUCUAAUGGUUAAAUAGUUUUACACCCAGCCCUGCCACAGCACAGCUGAACAGAGCAUUAUGUUAUAUCACUAGGCUAGCUCCCUACAGCAAAUGUGUUCCGAGGGGCUAAACGGUCAGCCAGGUAUUUUUCUCAUUUCAAUCUCCUUGUGUUCUAUGGAAAAGAGAGAGAGUGUGGUGAAUGUAUAAUGUAAGUCGUGUUAUCAUUGCUAUCGUCUGUACAUUGAGACAUUAUUUAAACAUGGCUAAUUUGCUGGUUUGAAAAGAAUAUCAAUCUGUACAGUUUCAAUCUCUUUAUUAUCUGCUCAGCAUUGCAUGAGUGAAGUUCAGGGAGCGAAGAAGAAGACAUACCAGACGGAAUGGUCAAAGUAAAUCAAGUAAACAACACAUCAAGCUAUGAAAGAUGAAUAGACAUGUUUUGUUUGUCCCUAAACCUCCCAGCAAUGCUUACAUUGGAGAUUAUGUUUAUAGACACGCACGCACACACACACACACACACACACACACACACACACACACACACACACACACACACACACACACACACACACACACACACACACACACACACACACACACACACACACACACACACACACACACACACACACACACACAGCAUCUCAUCACAGAUGAUCAUGUCAGCAGACACCUUGUUUCCUGCUUAAAAUGGAUCACUUUGUAAUGGUAGUUGUGAACUUUACCCCAAAGUCAACAUAUAGGCUGACAUACCAUUCAUGCUGUUCUACAUGUGAUGAUGAUAUGAUAAUGAUAAUGAUAAUAACAGUUGAUGAUGGUGAUGGAUACAUUACUCUAAUUUUUAUUAAUCAACUUCCAUUAUAACAUGUAGCUGGGCUGUACUAUUUUUUAUGUGGAUAAGAGGUGAAUCAGGUUUGGAAAUAGAAAAUAACCAAACAGGUAAUUCUAGCCACCUGCAGUCUCCCCUCAGCUGUUCCUUAUCCAAAGUAAACUCAGACCUCUCUCGCUCUCUCUCUUUCUCCCUUUCUCUCUCUCUUUCGCUUAGUUUGACGAUAGGUUGGUCUUAGGAGUGAUGUCACCCACUUCACUCCCGCAUGCACACAAAUUCCACUAGCAGUGUGUGUCUCGCAGUGCGCUGCCUCUUGUGCGUAACUGGCGACACAAGGCUUUAACAAAAAAAACUACAGCACUGCGCACGGGAAAGACCGAGAGAUAACAGAAACAAAAUGUUGCUAAUACUCCUGGAACGUUAGCCUAACAUGUAGACUUACUUAUCUGGUUUCCGGACUUUAUAGUGGCAACCACAUACUGGAUACGUUGUGGCCACGGAGCGAGCUGGGCUUGUGUCGCCAACAUUUUGCGGACCCUCUAUGGAACUGAAGAUGAGUGCAGCUCGCCAGGACGCAAUGGGCCCUUGGGUAUUUUACCAAUGUGCUCUAUAUCUGUACACUGAUCACACAACCUAACGCACAGCGCGUCUCCACUGAUUACAUUCUCUAGGACUAAUGACUUGAUCAACAUUUGAAUGCUUCCAAGUUAAGUGUUUUGGGGCGGAAAGACACACACACAAAAUUAAUCAAGAGAAGAUGCGUUCAGGAUGGAUGUAGCCAAGUUUACCACCGUUACCAAUACCUCGCAGGAUACCAACACCUCGAGCGCCCCAAGACCUCUCCCGCAAACGGAGGUGGGCUCCGCGCUCAUAAUCCUUGUGGUCACCGUGAUCAUUCUGGUCACCAUCGUCGGUAACGCGCUGGUCAUCGUGGCCGUGCUCACCAGCCGGGCUCUCCGCGCCCCCCAGAACCUUUUCCUGGUGUCCCUGGCGUGCGCAGACAUCCUCGUGGCGACACUGGUCAUCCCGUUCUCCCUUGCCAAUGAGGUCAUGGGUUACUGGUACUUUGGGAGCACCUGGUGCGCCUUUUAUCUGGCACUGGACGUCCUCUUCUGCACCUCCUCCAUAGUCCACCUGUGCGCCAUCAGUCUGGACCGCUACUGGUCAGUCACCAAGGCCGUGAGCUACAACCUGAAGCGGACCCCCAAGCGAAUCAAGUCCAUGAUAGCCGUGGUGUGGGUCAUCUCCGCCGUCAUCUCCUUCCCACCUCUCAUCAUGACCAAGCACAACGAGCAUGAGUGUCUGUUAAACAACGAGACCUGGUACAUCCUAUCUUCUUGCCUCGUGUCCUUCUUCGCCCCGGGCCUCAUCAUGAUCCUGGUGUACUGUAAAAUCUAUAAAGUGGCCAAGCAGCGCUCCUCCACCGUGUUCGUGGCUAAGACCGGCCUGGAGAGGCAGCCCUCUCAGUCCGAGACGUGCUUCGUGAGGAAGGAGCGGAUGGAGAUGGAGAGCCCCAGUAGCCAGAGCUCCGAGGACCACCACAGGCAGGAGGAGCUGGAUUAUAUCGACUUGGAGGAGAGCUGCUGUGCGUCGGACAACAAACCACCGAACCACCGCUUCUCCAAGCGUAGGAAGGUGGAGGUCUCGGACUGCUGCCCGCCACAGAGCUGCCGUCUCUCCUGGGCCUCAGCGCGCGCCUCGCAGCUUUUCCAAGACCCCAAAAACGCUACCAACGCGACCCUGGUGGCCCAGCGACAUCACCUCGCGGCACAUCGGCAUCACCUCGUGGCGGCUGCGUCCAAGACUAAAGUGGCCCAGAUGCGCGAGAAGCGCUUCACCUUCGUGCUGGCCGUGGUGAUGGGGGUGUUCGUGCUCUGCUGGUUCCCUUUCUUUUUCACAUACAGCCUGCACGCGAUCUGCAGGGAGAGCUGCUACAUACCCGGCGCGCUCUUCAACGCCUUCUUCUGGAUUGGCUACUGUAACAGCUCAGUGAACCCUAUGAUAUAUACCAUUUUCAACAGGGAUUUCCGUAAAGCGUUUAAGAAAAUCGUAUGCCGGACUUCAAAACGCACUAAUACCACUUGAAAAGAAGGGUCACUUUGAAGCUGUGACUGACUGACUGUGCGUCACUGCUCAUCGAAACAGACGUCAGUUCUUCACCUAAGCACGCAUCCCUGCACCUCUGAAUGACUAUAUUCGUUCCAAAAGGAACGUUUUUAUUUAAUAAUAAUAAUAAUAUGAUAUCAAAAUCUCUCGUGUUGUGCGCUAAUGUGUGAAUAUUAGAAACAAUGUACAGAGGAAAUAGGAUAUCUCAAACAAAAGCUAAAUAGAGUAUUGUCAUUGAUGAUUUAAUAUGGCUCUACUGAAUCAUAUUGAUCCCUGCUUUCAAAGUUAGGAAUUCGUUUAAUAUUCAGUGAGGUAACUCAUAUAUUUAGGCCACAGCAUAAUUCCAGGGCCUUUUUACGACCCGUUCUUUUCUGUACUUUCAUUAAUCUUUUAUGUCCCAUAAAGAUAUGAAAAAAAUCGAGUUCAGAGUAAAAGUGAAGUCAUAACCCAGAUUUCGAGGCUGAUGGAGCUGUGUGUGUGGCACUGAGAGGUUUAGGUUUUUCCCAAAAUAAUAUUAAUCAAACUGUCAUCAAUAAGACAUGAGAGAGACUGAGUUGACAUUUUAAAAAAUUACUUUGAUUUUUUUCAAAGAAUCUCAAAACGCAUAAAAAGUCCAAUAACAAAACAAAAAGUUGAAAUUAUAGAAAUUGAAAGUGUCCUUCGGCUUCGGAUGAAGUUGAGGCAGUUUGGGCUGGAAAGGCAGUGUAAGCUGAGUGUACAGUAGGUUCACACUGUACACGGUUGUAGCAUCUACUUAGGCAUUUCUUUCAUGAGUAGCCAAACUAGUUAGGAAUGGCUGCAAUUGCUUGGUCGAGUUUAAUAGAGAUGUGUUAAAAUGUAAUUAACUUUGAGUCGUGUUUAAUCCAUUAUCUAAAAUGGUAUCCGAUUAUGACUGACGUCAGGUGAGUUGAUGACGCAGAUCUCUUUGAGUGGGCUUCGGGUCUCCCUCAUCGCUGAACCCCCAAAUGCAUGCGCUGUUGUCCGUGGUGCUGAAACGCCGCGCACUACGCCGAUGGCACUAUGCUGUGACGCGAAUGCGUGACAUGGCAUAUUCAAUGGUUUGCAAAACCAUAUAUGAACUGUUAUCAAUCAGAAAAAUAUAGUGAUAUGGGAAUAUAUCUCAUGAUAUUGUGCCUCAUUUAAACAGUGUGUGAGCAGAUAGAUAGAUCGAUCACGCUUGGCACUUUUGCUAAAAUGAAUGCAUCCUCAUAAGUGAUGAGAAAUGAAGAUUGGGAGAAAUUGCCUAUGGUAUGAGCCACCUUCAUAGCAUAAACACAAUCUAAUAUGAUGUAUGCUGCAAUUAUUUGAAUCUUCAGCCAAAGAAGAAGCUAUUGGCCAGAAGAUUAAAAACAGACCUUGAAAUCAUUACUCAGACAUUAUUGAGUGGGCUCCAUGUUUUAACCUUUGGAAAUAGAAAACUUGUGUCACUACAAAUGUGUCACUACAUGCUCCAUAAUUGUGUGUGUGUGUGUGUGUGUGUGUCACAGGCGGCUGGUGGCACCAUCAUUGGGGAGGACAGGCUAGAACGGCAUGUACUUAGCGGUAUAAAACACAUCAAACACAUAGUUUGAUACCAAUCCAUUCACUCCAUUCCAGCCAUUAACAUUAGCUAUCCUCCCUUUUACCAGCCUCACCAUGUGUGCGCGUGAGAGACAGAGAGACAAAGAGAGAGAGACAGAGAGACAAAGAGAGAGAGACAGAGAGACAAAGAGAGAGAGACAGAGAGACAAAGAGAGAGAGACAAAGAGAGAGAGAGACAGAGAGACAGAGAGAGAGAGAGAGAGAGAGAGGGAGAGAGAGAGAGAGAGGGACAAAGAGAGAGAGGGAGAGGGAGAGGGACAAAGAGAUAGAGAGGGAGAGGGACAAAGAGAGAGAGAGACAAAAGAGAGAGAGAGACAAAGAGAGGGAGAGGGACAAAGAGAGAGAGAGACAAAGAGAGAGAGAGAGAGAGAGGGAGAGGAACAGAUUGAAAACAACUACUACCUCUGUCUGUACGUUGUCUACUGCUACCUAGGUGAACGUCUUCAGCUUUGUGGUCUGCCAGGCCCCCGGUGAGAUGGAGCCAGUAUUGGUUCAACAAUGGAGUCACGUCGUUACCCAAGCUUUGCUCUCUAACCCUCUUUGUUCUGUUUGAUAUUGCAGUAUUAUGCUUGGUCUAAUUUAAACAGUAGGCUGAAUGCUUUGAAUUCCAACUCUUUAUUUACUGUAUCUACAUUUUUUAAACCAACAAAGCCUCAAGACUUUUCUACCAUGACAAAUAAAUCCACAAUUGGCCAUAUUGCAGA